AUGUCUGACAUUUUUGAUGCAAUGUUUAAACAAAAAAGUUUGAACUUUAACGUAAUCUACGUUUACCUCUGCCCUUUNGCUGCUCCUCAAGCUCAAACUCUUCAAAACCAAACACCCAUUCCCAUCAUUAGUCACACCGAAAUCGUUGGAGCCGACGGUAGUUUUAAUUUCAGCUACGAAACAGGCAACGGGAUUAAAGUUCAGGAGAGUGGAUUCAUAAAGCAGGAUCCGAAUGUUCAAUCAAGAAGUAGUAUCGAGGGAGACGAAGACAAUUCGGUAAUUCAGGUUAUCCAAGGAUCGUAUUCCUAUACAGCACCUGAUGGUCAACUUAUUAGUUUGAGGUACAUCGCCGAUGAAAACGGAUUUCAACCAGAAGGAGAUCACAUACCGACAGCUCCUCCUAUUCCUGGGGCCCUCCAAAGGUCUUUAUUAACGAACCAGGAGUCUGCAGCGUCACCGCAGGACGUUCAAAAUCCUGCAGCAUUCGCCCAGUCUAAUUACUAUAAGCAACAAUAGUUUAAUAAUUUGUUAAUUUUUGAAAAUUAACCUAUCUAUUUAUAAAUAAUAUAAAUAUUUUUGUAAUGGUAUGUA